AUGGAAGUUGUGAGCAUUAUGUUCUAUUGGGGUGGAAAGAUUUUGCGCAAUCGUGAUGAAGGUGUGUCAUACGACACCGAACCUCAGGGGUUGUAUAAUGUGCACAGGGGGAUAACAUUGGGCGAGUUGGAGGCUAUGAUGGUGUCGAAGGUUGGUACGCAUGGGGAAAUAAUGCGAUUAGAGUUUAAAUGUAGACUCCUAUGUCGGGGGAAGUAUAGGUUGCUGCCAAUCAAAGAUAAUGAGACCUUAAGUAAUGUCUUAGAGCUCCCACAUAGACAAGGUCCAAGUGCUCCGACAACGUAUAAUCCGAUGGUUCUUACAACCCCAUAUCCCCACUGGAAUGAAGAAUGUCCACCGAUUUGUAAUGUUCAACAUACAACGGAGACGACUGUCCAAAAUUAUGCAUCCUCCGAUGAUACAGUGCCAUUGUUUGACGAGCUUGGAGUAAGUGAUGAAGAUUCCGUGGAAGAUGUGGAUGGCGCAUGGAAAGGUGCAGACAAUGACUCCGGUGAUGACGAAGUUGGAGGGCAUCAUGAUAUGCAGGAGCCAUUGUGGGACUUUGAAACUGCUCAUUUGGAGAAAGGAAUGAUAUUUACUGAUAAGAAAAGACUAGUGCACGCUGUUCAGUUGUAUAACCUGAAGCACAAUCGAGAAUGCAAGGUCGUAGAAUCCAAAGGAAACAGUUGGGUGGCCGAGUGCAAGCACGGCUGCAACUGGAGGGUUCGGGCAAUGAAGUUGAAAGACAAAGAUUUCUUUCAAAUUAGAAGGUUUGAAGUGCCGCAUCAGUGUGUGUACCCUAGAAUGAAUAGGGACAAUUGCAACCUCAAGUCCGAGGUCAUUGCUCAUUUCAUCAAGGCACAAAUUGCGAUAUCACCAGAAUUGCCUCUUGCUACCAUAAUUGAGGUUGUGAAUGAGAAGUUUCAGUUCACUAUAUCAUAUAAGAAAGCGUGGCUUGCAAGGACGAAGGCAGUUGCAAUGGUGUUUGGUGACUGGGACGAAUCGUACCGAAGGUUGCCUAGAUAUAUGGCUGCAUUGCAGGCAUUCAAUCCAGGCACAGUUGUCAUGUGGGACAUGAUUCUGAAUUUGCACUCUACCUCAAUCGGAACUGAAAUGUACAUGAACUAUGUGUUCUGGGCAUUUAAACCUGCAAUAGAAGGCUUCAAGUAUUGUCGUCCAGUGAUAUACAUUGACAGCACACACUUGUAUGGGAAAUACGAAGGGAAGAUUGUUGCGGCCACUGCAGUGACUGCUGCGGACAAGAUUGUACCUCUUGCCUUUGCCGUUGUUGACAAGGAGAUGAUCGAGAGUUGA